AUGGCAAAUACAUCAGAGCUAAUGCGCUACCAAGCGGUACUCCGAGAUCGUCAAAAUACUGGCCCUGGCAAAAAGAAUGUAAUCGAUCCAAUGGUAGAGGAACUUCGAAUGGCACCCCUUGUUUGGUGGAAGGUGAAGGAGCACAUUGAGCCCCAGCAACAGGUUAAACGUGGCUACGCGGUAUUAGGCCAUAUUCCAGACAUUGACAACAGACCAAAAAAAGACGUACCCAUCUCUAGUAACGCAACAAGAACCCCAGUCCUACUAAACACUGAUUCACCCUGGUCUGCUUUCCUCUGCGGUUCUCAAGGGUCUGGAAAAUCGCAUACUCUGUCGUGUAUGCUCGAAAACUGUCUUUUGACCGACAAAGCAAUCCUUCCUCGAGUUGGAUUAAAUCCUCACCCACUUGCGGGACUGGUGUUUCACUACGAUCGGUGUCAGGGCAGCGGAGUUUGCGAGGCCGCCUACCUCUGCACCAACGUUCCGACGACUGUUCUUACAAUACUCAUGAUUCUCCGCAAAAUGGCUAUCAAAUCACAAGGUCUAGGUACUUUUGACUACAUCACCUUCAAGAACGAGCUAGCUGCUACCAAGUUCACCAGCGCCCAAGAUGGCCCCAUGAAACUCCGCCUUGACCUGCUAGAAUCAUUCAUGAAACAUAGCAAGAAAGGCUCUAGUAUUCUGCCGAACACCGAAAACGACUUCUUGACUGGCACUCCAGGAUCUCUCACCAUUGUGGACCUGACGGAUCCCGUCAUCGACGCUGAUUCUGCUUGCGUACUAUUUGACAUAUGCCUCUCUGUAUUCAUUCAGCAGACAAAGUGCGGAAAGAUCGUCGCCCUAGACGAAGCGCAUAACUACAUGACGGAAGGCAGUAGUGCGGCCAAAGCCUUCACUGAGAAGCUGCUACGGACAGUGCGUGAGCAGCGCCAUCAAGCCGUUAGGGUUGUCAUUGCAACCCAGGAACCCAGCAUCAACACGCAGCUAUUGGAUCUAUGUAGUAUCACGAUGGUACACAGAUGUACAAGUCCUGCAUGGUUCAAUGUGCUCAAGCAUCAUGUUGCAGCGCUUUAUCUGAACUUGCCGACGGGUUCUCAGGUUGGCGCUAGUGGCGACGAAAAGGCAAAAGUGCCGAAGAGUGAUUUAGAAGUAUUCCAUGAGAUUGUUCGGCUGAAGCUUGGAGAGAGUCUAUUGUUCUGCCCGUCAGCUGUGGUUGGGGUUGUUGGAGAAGGAAUAGAAAGGAUGGAGGGGAGGUACUUUAAGUUUAAGACGAGGCAAAGGGUUACGGCGGACGGGGGGAGGAGUAAAGUUCUUAGCGAAAUAGGACGUGGGCAGGGUCCGCCUCGUGUGAGGCGGGUGCAUCGGGGUGAGCCCUAA